UUUCUUACGGAAAACGUUCAUGUGAACGGUUUAGUCCAUUUUAUGGUGUUUUAGCGUUUUACUAGAAAAGCUAUGUCCAGAUAUUACCAAUUGUUUGUAUUUGGAAUGUCGCAUUAUGCAUACAGUAUCUACGUAGCAGUGGGGACGACCAGCGUUUGGAAUCGCAACUGCUGUAAACUGGCGCAACACUUGCUACAAUAAUACUUUGAACUGCUAGUCGGCGCCUCUGAAGCGUCGAUAGCUAAAGAAACUGUACACAUUGCCUAUCCAGGUAUCUCUUAUACGGCAUAGUACGCUCGGCAGUCAUUGCAUUAAACACAUGUCGAAUGUGACUUUCUUUUCGUCCUUGAAUUUGAGAAAUCUAAAAAAAAAAGGUUAAAAGACAAAUUGUUGUCUGGGAUGCCAUGUGUUUUUGUAUCAACUCUUGUUACACCGAUUAUGGUGUAUAUUCUAAACAUUUCAUUUUUACCAUUUUUUUCGCCUUCCUGGAUAAAUUUUGAAUGUGUAUGUGGAGGAUGUCAUCCAUAAAAUUUUCUUCUUGCGUUAGGCCAGCUAAGUUAGUUACAUCAGCCAGCCCCAAACGAUCUAAAGUUCAAGUUGUUCAGUGUGACGUGUUUUGAUUAAUCAGUAGCCAAUCGCCAAGGUCUAGGUGCAAGGGUCACUCAAACCAAUUAAGAUGGCGACCGAACCCGCGCAAGGAGCUCGAGCGAAGAGCACAGAUCGUACAGGUGGUGGCACCUCCGAGUCGACCCCGACCAAGCCAACCGACCCGUCCCCGCAAACUCCCGGGGAGGAGCCCGAGGGCAGCCCGAGGACCAAGCUGUACGUGCGUCGGUGGUUCAUGCUGCUUCUCUUCUCAUCUUACUCGUUGAGUAACAAUUUUCAAUGGAUACACUACAGCGUGAUCAGUAACAUUACUGUCAGGUACUACAGAGUGAGUAUCCUGGCCGUGGAUUGGUUGUCUAUGGUGUACAUGCUGACUUACAUCCCACUCAUCUUUCCCACUACUUGGAUACUGGACAGGUACGGUUCACGCGACAGAUACGGUCUCCGUGUGGUUGGUCUUCUCGGGUCGUCUCUGAACUGUAUCGGUGCGUGGCUGAAGGUAGCCGGGGUGGGGAGGGAGCGGUUCCGGUCACCAUGUUCGCCCAGACCGUCUGCUCCGUGGCGCAGAUCGUCAUCCUCGGGAUGCCUGCCAGGUUUGCCGCCGUCUGUUCGGGACCCAGGGAGGUGUCUACCGCCACGUCUAUUGGUGUCUUUGGCCAGCCAGCUCGGUAUAGCCCUGGGUUUCCUUAUCCCUCCCGUGUUGGUACCGAACGCCGCGGACAUCGCGGUGGUGGAACGGGGCAUGGACGUCAUGAUGUUCGGCACGGCUGGGGUCACCACUCUGCUCUUCAUACUGGUUAUCAUAUUUUUCAGAGAGAAGCCGCCCAUCCCUCCCAGUCCGGCCCAGGCCUCCAUCUUUGAGAGCGAGGCGGAGUAUUCUUACAUCGGCUCCGUCAAGAGACUGGUGAAGAGCGUUCCUUUCGUACUACUCAUCGUCACUUACGGUGUCAACAGUGGGUCGUUCUACGCCAUCUCCACGCUGCUGAAUCAGGUGGUGCUCUCCAAGUAUCCGGGGGAGGAGGUAAACGUUGGCCGGAUCGGACUGACCAUCGUACUGACCGGUCUGCUGGGGUCCGUGCUGUGCGGCAUCUGGCUCGAUAGGACUCGGACAUACAAGGGUACCACCGUGGUUGUUUACAUCCUGUCAUUUCUGUGCAUGACGGCCUUUACGUUUACUCUGGACCUCGGCUACCUAGCGGUCGUCUUCGCAACUGCAGGGGCUCUGGGGUUCUUCAUGACUGGUUAUCUGCCGCUUGGGUUUGAGUUUGCGGCGGAGAUCACCUACCCUGAGUCGGAAGGGACGUCAUCGGGACUGCUCAAUGCCUCGGCACAGACGUUUGGUAUUGCCCUGACCCUGUUUAUGGGAUACCUGGUGAAUAACGUCAGCACUUUGGCGGGAAGCCUUUGUCUGUGUGUCACUCUGUUCAUCGGCGCCAUCCUAACAGCUUUGAUCAAAUCGGACUUGAAGAGACUAAGAGCCCAGCAGAGCGGAGAAAACACCAAUGCUGAAUCUAAGACUACAGCCCUGUAAACGCACAUCAUCUUGCAACAGUUUAUUGGCAGGGGCACUGGUAACUCUUGUUCACCUUUAUCCGCGGGGUAACCUUUAUCCGUUUUUUAUUUUUUUUAAAUAUGAUAUUUAGGGUACGUCACAUCAAUUGACGGUAAUUUCAAAUGUCAGUAUUCAAAUAUUGCAGUUUGAAAACACCGAUCGUCGAUUUGAUGUCCUUAAAUACAAUUAUUUUUUAAAGAUUACAAAUAACGGUAACUCUUCGGAUAAAGAUGAACCAGCGUUACUGCUGUAGGAAGACGAACAUUACCUAAGUAUCAGACUCACUUUUGUACCUUACAGUACAGAACAAAACAUUUCCUAAUGCGUAACUUUGCUGAAAUAAACUAUAUCUUAGUUUCAUACAUAUUUACCAAUAUCUACACGCAACGGUUACAUAUAUCUUUAUAAGCCACAGUGCAGUGUCUUUUUUAUCAACUUUAUUUACGAUUAUUCUAUUAGUCAUUUUGUUGUUACUGUAACAGUAUUUUUACUAGUUUCGUUGGUAAUAGUAUGGUGAUUGUCUGCACGCUACAACUUAUAUUACAAAUCUAUUUGUAUGCUUUAUAUAUACGUAUGACUUCUCACCUAAAUAAAAAUUCUAAUGACAAUACUUAAUUUCGUUUGAAGGGUAAUUUUUGUCAGAAUAUUUUGCAAAAAUAUAUAUGUUUUCUGUUUGUCCCUUUUAAACGAUGCAGUUCUUUCGAAAUGGUUAAGAUAAACAAUUUGAGAUAAGGCCACAGCAAGUAAAUCUUAUGGAUGACAUCAGCACGCUCAUUAAUAUUCGCCUGAUUUUGACAAAUAAAUUUUCCCUCCGGAGAUGGUCAACAUGACAAGGAAAUUACCAAAAUGGGAAGAUUUGUCUUGUGGUACAAUUGACUGUAGGAGACAUCAGGGGGAGUCGGAAGAGACAAAGACAAGCCAUGAACCAAAGUUUGCUCGUGUAACGCAAGAUCGGCGGGGUAACCUAUUUCCGUUGUAUUGACAAACAGGGAAUCUAUGGAGAUCAAUUCAACGGUGGUGUCAAAUUGCCUGUUUGAAACCACAGUUCAUCGACUUCAUUUUCAAUUCCCUUUAUAAUACGCUAACCCCUUGGAUAAAGGUGAACUAACGUUAUAUGUUUAGGCCACUGACGCACGUUUGAUGUAUAAUUUGAUAACUGUGAAUUGUUUAAAAGGGAAUUUACGUAACAAAAAAAAUUGUUUACUGAUGAUCUGUUUGCGUUAAAAUUCCCUUAACCGACGUAGGGAAUACAACUUCAUAGUAUUAUUAUGUACGAUUGUCUAUCCAAAUAGACAAUUGGGCUUCCUUGUAAGAAAUUGUCGUUGAAUUCGCAAGUUUGUUGGCACUGUGACCUGAUAUUUUAUUGGACCCGAUCUCUCUCUAUAUAUAUAACAUUAAAGUGUAAAUGAGAGAGUCUUAGAGUAUAAAACCUUUAAUUGAUUACAGUACACCUUCAGUCGAGUCGACCUUCUAAUUGCUCUUGAUAUUUUGUAUUGAACCUGCAAUACUUUCAACUUUAAUUCAUCUCAUCUCUAUCAAUGUUAGAAAUUACAUAGAAUGUAACAGAAUUAGCUGUAAUACAACGCUAACAUGGAGAUGUACUGUACAAUCAACGGCAUAUCUGACAUAUCUUCAAUAAAAAGCAACAUGCCUCAAAAGUAUGAUUGGACUGGUAUGUUUCUCGAUCUAAAUGACGUAUUAUUAUGUAAACUUAGGCUGGUAGACAGAAAGGUAUCACAGCAUACAGAUCUUUUCCUUAUUAGGGCAUACUAUUCGUUACGAUCUUGACAAAUGAACAUCAGGGUUGCUAACACGAUAGUGUGCAUACUGAACCAUGAAAUGGGACCACAAAAGUUCCAUUGUGUACAACACAUCAAAUCCAUAUAACUUCAACAUAAACAAAUGUAAGAUGUCACUGUACAUACCUAUAAACGGACGAAACCUACUCUCCAAACAGAGGUUGUUGGGUAAGACUUUGACCCUUUUCUCAUAUCUCUUGUUUCUGUCAGCAGCACCCAAACAAC